UAUUUUUUGAGAUACCAUACUAGAUAUAUUAUGAGAAAUUUCCCAUUAGCAUAACACAGGGUUGGAAAUAACUUCCUAAAUAACAUUAUUAAGGGCAAAGAUUCGAUACAUAUGUGAGCUUAUAUUCUAUUGAUGAACAGCAAGUAGUUUAUGAUUGUAAAACUUUGGGUUUUUUAGUUCUGGGUUGGGGCUCGUCUACGGCGGAUUUCGGAAGGCGGAAGCUAAGCAAGUUAUCCGUUUCCCUUAAAUCUUGAGCUAUCACCCUCCUCUGAAAUUCUUCGAGAUCUGUUAUCACUUUUGUUGCUGUAAAGGUUAGCCUUUCACCUUAAAAUCCUCUAUUAUCCUAGUUAUUCAUAGACCAACCCUAUCAAAAUUCGAAGUCUUAGAACACAAUUAAAGGGCAAAGAGCAUCAACAAGAGGUAACUAGGUACCAAUAUGCAAUGAUUUUACUUUCAUAUGGUUAAAAAGUUUCCAUCUUUUGAGUAUUUUUAAUAGAUUUUGUGGAUGGUUAUUUCCAGUUAAUCAUAUUUUUCUAUUAUCAUAGUUUUUCAUAGACUUUCCAAUCUCAAUUUGAAGUCUUGAAUCAAUUAAAAGGAAAAAAACAAUACAAAAAGGUAGUUAGAUACCUUUAUGCAAUGAUUUUGAUACCAAAUGGCUAUAAGGCUUGCACCUUGGGUCGUUAUUAAUAGAGUUUCAAAAUGGGUAUUUCCUGUUAAGCAUAUUAGUUCACUGUCUAGUGUAAUUCAUGCUGAAAAUUGUCCAAAAUCUUACCAAAAGGUGCUAAAUAGGAGUGAGAUUGACCCUAGGAUACAGUACCUAAAGAAUGGGUUGUGUCAUGAGAAACUGAUUAAGGUUUUGGAUAGUAUUAAUGAUUUGAACUCAGCUAUUAAGGUAUUCAAAUGGGCUUCUCUUCAAAAACAGUUUAGGCAUACAGCUACUACUUAUUCUAGGAUUAUAUUGAAGUUAGGUUUUGCUGGAAACUUGGAUGAGAUGGAGGGGUUUUGUAGGGCGAUGGUUCAGGAUAGGUGUGAAGGAGCAGAAGCGGUUCUUAGUGAGUUAGUGGAUAUUUUUGUUGGUAAUGGUAGGUUAGAUGAAGCAAGUAGGGUGAUUUUGGUUAUAAAUUCUAUUGGAUAUAAGCUUUGUAUUGCUAAGUGGAAUGAUGUCUUAAGAGCUCUUGUGGAGGAAAAGAGAGAAUUUUGUGACGUGUUAUUCAUCUAUAAGGAGAUGGUGAAAGCAGGGAUUCUUCCUAGCGUUGAUACAUUGAAUUAUUUGAUAAAAUCAUUGUUUGAUGCGGACAUGGUCGAUAAUGCAUUAGAUCAAUUUAGAAAGAUCAAGAAGAAAGGGUGUGUUCCUAAUUGUAGGACCUUUGAGAUCGUUAUACAUGGCCUUUUGGCUGCAAAUUUUGUGGAAGAAGCAAUUGGUGUGACUAACGAGAUGUUUGAGAGCGGGGUGAAGCCUGAUUUGAAAUUCUAUACAAAUAUCAUACCAUUGUUUUGUAAAGAGAAUAAGCCGGAAAAAGCCAUAAGGCUGUUUAACAUGAUGAGAACUUCAGAGUUUAAGCCUGAUUUUUGCAUGUACUCGUCGCUGAUCAAAUGUUUGUGCAUGAAUCUCUGCCUCGAGAUAGCAAUUGAGCUAUUCCAUGAGAUGGGAAAUACCAGGAUUAGUCCCUCAACGGAGGUGCUCGUAGACAUUCUAAAUGCUUGUUGUAAGCUUGGGAAGCUUGACCAGGCAAGAAAUUUGUUAGAUAAUAUUGAUAAUAAGGCCGUUGGCCCUUCUCCGUACAAUGUGCUACUUCAAGGUUACUGUGAUGCUCAUUCCUUACUCGAUGCAAUAGAUCUAGUCGACAGAAUGUUACAUUUAGAGGUUGCAGACCAUCUAUCCUGGAAUAUUCUUAUUCGAGGGUUUUGUAAUAUAAAUUAUGUUAAGCAGGCUUAUGAAAUUCUUGGGAAAAUGAUCACUUUAUCCCAUGUACCCGACUCCUCUACUUACUCCGCCUUUGUGAUGGGCAAGUGUAAUUUAAACAAGUACGAGGAUGCUCUGGAGCUAUUUCAACAAGUCUGUAAGAAAGACUUGAUUUUGGAUUUCAAUUCUUAUGACAAGCUAAUUCGAGGUCUUUGUGAUUUAAACAAGUUUCAAGACGCGUCUAAAGUGUUUAUAUAUAUGUCAUCUAGAAGUUCCGCCCUUAGUUCUUGUUCCUUCAGCAGUUUGAUCAAAGGUUUUUGUUCAGUUGGAAGAGUGGACGAAGCAAUCAGGCUGCUAAACAUUGGUCUACAUUGCAAGAAUCCUGUGGAUACUUGUACUUAUUCGGCUAUAACGUAUGGUUUGUUAAGACUCAACAGGCUAUCGGAAGCUCUAGCUUUCUUCUCUCAAAUUUUUAGACGUGGCCUGGUUCUCGAUGUGGAUGCAUAUUGCAGACUUAUUCAGUGCAUGGUUGCGUUAUGUGAAACAAAUUAUUGUGUUUUGCUUCUCAAUGAGAUGGUCGAUGAAAGUUCACAACCUGAUUGUGUAACAAUUGCUAGCGUUUUAUCACAUUUAGCCGACCAAUCUCAGUUACAUAAAAUAUGGAUGACAAUAAGAAAACUUUGCCAUGAAAGUGAGGCUAUCGACCCGAGAACUUACAACUUACUGAUUAAUGGUCUUUGCAAAGAGGGAUAUAAAACUGAGGCAUGCCAGCUGCUUGAUUUGAUGUUAGAGAAAGGUUGGGUUCCAGAUGCUAGUACUCAUGGGUGGCUCAUUGGAUCUAUCUCUAGGCAAGAAGCAGAGCUUCAGUUAUCAGAAUCUGACAAUUCGGUUGUGCAAGAUGAAGUUAGUAGCAUACUUUCUGAAGAAUUAGGGGAAGCGUAAACGGCUUUGUGUUCCAUUCUGCUGUGCAAUUGGCAGAUGAAUAGCACCUCUCUUAUGUGUGACCAAAUGAUCUGUCUCUUGACAAGGCCUAGAGCUUCAAGUAUUAUAAUCUGAAAUCUAGUCUUGCAAAAUCAAGCAUGUACUGCACUUUCUGAAGGACUAACCGGAUAAGGGGAGCAUAGACAGCAUCACAAUUUUGACUAAUAUGCAGUUGUUUAAAUGCGUAUUACCUCUUACCAUAUGUCCAUACCUGAAUAAGUAUAUCCAGCUUUAACAUCUCAAUUCUAACUUUUCGUUUGUUGUUUGCUAAGCAUGUGUGUUUUGAUUGGAUCAGAGUAGUCUGCAAUACAUCUGGUUGAAGGCAGAGUAAGAGUUUACAGCAAGCUCAUUCAGUCAUAUUAAUAUUAAGCGCCACAUUCAGUGCGACCUAUAAAUUUUUGCUUUUAUACACAGCUUAAAUGCUUUUUACUGGUAAUGUUCAGAAGAAAAUCCUGUGGAGAAAACCAAUCACCCUGUUGGAGUGUUCCUCUAAAAGCCAAACUUAUAAGAAUAUGUAAUUUGUGUGAUUGUUAGUACUGUAUUGAAGCAGAAAUCUGCAAUAACAUAUGUAACUUCUGUCGUAUAGUCAUUUGAUCAUUCCAUGUAUCAUUGUCACCAUUUGUUCGUAACGCUUCGUUUUCGUAUGAUGAUCAACAUGAUUCGGCCAUUCAA